AUGUUAUUUAAGUCAAUAAAUCCUAAAAAUGGUCAAAUCCUUCGUGAAGCCAUUCCUUUCUUUACCAGAGAAAAACUUGAAGAAGUAAUCGACGCUUCUUAUGACGCGUACUUGGAAUACAAGGAUGUGUCAGUGCAGGAGAGGCUGCAGAGAAUAGCUAGCUUAAGGGAAAAUCUUGAGAAGAAUGUAGAGACUUAUGCAGAAGCACUGACGAAUGAGAUGGGGAAGACUUUGGUGCAAGCGAGAGCGGAGGUAUUGAAGUGUGCAGAUCAUUGUAAGUACUAUGAGGAGAACACUGAAGAAGUAUUGAAGACAAAGCAUAUUGAGACAGCUAUUAGCAAUUCUUAUGUUCAAUAUCAAGCUACAGGCCCUAUACUGAUCAUUAGUCCAUGGAAUUUCCCAUUUUGGAUGCCAUUCAGAACAGCUAUCCCACAGCUUGCUUUGGGAAAUACAGUUCUGUAUAAGCCAGCACCAAAUUGUUCGUUAUCUGCUGAGCUUCUCGAGCAAGCAAUGGUAGAUUCUGGACUUGGAGAUGCUUUCAAACUCCUCUACUUUGACACAGAAGAUACAGAAUUUAUUCUCUCAAAUCAUAAAGUGCAAGGAGUCGGAUUCACAGGUAGUACUAAAGCAGGAAAGAUUAUAGCAUCUAUUGCUGGCAAAUAUGUCAAGAAAUCUUUGCUUGAGUUGGGAGGAUCUGACCCAUUCAUUGUUCUUGAAGAUGCUGACUUAGAUAAAGCAGCCCAACAAGGCUGUAUCUCUAGACUCAUCAAUAAUGGGCAAGCAUGCAUCAAUGCUAAGAGAUUCAUUGUCCAUGAAGAUGUGUAUGAUGACUUUAAAGUCAAACUCGUUGAUAACUUUGCCUCUAAGACAGUUGGAGAUCCACUAGAUGAAUCUACCAAUAUUGGACCUCUUGCCAGAGAUGAUUUGCAUGAGAAUCUUAGACAACAAGUUAUCUCAGCUGUUGAAGGAGGAGCUACUGUUGCUCUAGGAGAUAUGAGUCGUUUAGAGAACCCAGCAGUUGCUGAGGAAGGAUACUAUUUCCAUCCAAUGGUUCUUGAGAACAUUACUGAAGAAAACCCAAUUUAUAGACAAGAAUUGUUUGGUCCAGUCGCAUCCUUGUAUAAGGUAUCCAGCCUUGAAGAUGCUGUUAAACUUGCAAAUGACUCUAAUUAUGGUCUUGGAGGAGCUGUUUUUACUGAAGAUCUUGAGAAAGCUAAGAGCGUUGCAUCUCAGAUUGAUACAGGAAUGAUGGGGAUUAAUUCAUUCUGCAUUAGUGACCCUAAGCUACCAAACGGAGGUGUUAAGGAAAGUGGUAUUGGAAGGGAAUGCUCCCAUGAGGGUCUUCUCGAAUUCGCAAAUAUCAAAUCAGUGUCAAUUCCAAAGUAAUCAGCUU